UUGUGGGUGGUACACAUUAUUGGUGUUUAAAUUCGCCUUUUUCGCAACUGUAGAAAAAAGGUGAAAUCAUUGUCCAGUGGAUGAAAAUUCUCGCGAAAUUUAAUUCCCUAUAGGACAUUCAAAUAACAGAAAAAUGAUCUGAAAUGUGAAAAAAAAACAACUUAUACAAGAUGUGUAUCGGCAAAUACACAAAUUUUAUUAACUGGUCUUACUGGUAAUUCAGUUUAUUUUGUACCUUCUGUUGUGAAGUGUUGUCUUUAAUUUGCAAAGGUUUUCGCAUAUGGAGUAGAGAUUCUCGUUAUCAUCUUCAUCUGAAUCGACUAGAUUGGUCAAACUCCUUCGAAUAUCUUUCGUCCAGUCGUCAAAAGUUACGACAUUUUGGAAACUAAAAUGAAUUUGAAACGCUUGAAUCACGAAUUUUAAUUGCCUUCUUUUGUAUUUGCCGGCCUUGUUUUGAGAUCGCAAAAAUAUAACCUCGCAAAACACCGUCUCACCAAAUUCAUAAAAGUUCUCGCCACAUAAAGUACCACUGAGUAAGGUAGAAGAACCGAUCUUCUCAGAUAAGUUGCAGUUGAAGUGAUUGCCAAAAAGAAGCCUGAAAUCCUGAGAAGGUUCAAAAUCGGAGGAAUUUCAAGCCCGUGCCUUCCGAGACUAUAACUGAGCUGCGUAGCCGCAUGAAGGAAGAGGGAACGGCCAAAUUUAAGUAGGUCCUCAGGUUAGAUGGUCCGACGGUGCUCAAUUAGUAUCUGGGAGGAGCGGGUCCGAAUCCCGUCGAAGCCUGAACUUUCUCACAACCUUCUAUUCUACAACUGCAUCGUUUCUUCACUCUAAGUGCUUAUUCUUAUCCCUUAACUUUCGCAAAAAAAAUGAAACCAAAAAAACCAACAAACAAAGAAAUGACGGGGUACUCUGCAUCAAUGUAAAUCUCUAAAAAGCAGUACAAUAGAGAACCUUCGACGCUGGAAAUGAUCCGUGGUUUCAUUUUCAUACGGGUAUGUCUCCUAUGUCUUCACUUUUGUAUCACAGUUGGCAGUCGCACAAGUCAAUCGAAAAAAACGAUCUUGAAAACUGGUGAGAAAAAUGAAAGUCGAACAACCAAGGCGUGUUUAGAGGCGCUCGUAAUUAGUUAGAAAAUUACUUUGGCUUAGGUAGAGGGGGAAGGUGAAGGAGAUUGUGCAGCGACGAGUCACAUCUCUUCUGGUUACACUACCAAGCGUGCAAUUUGCCUCAGAAAGCAAAAGCCUUCGCCAUACUUGUGAUUGUCAUUUUAAAGCCUCUAUCAAAAUAAUUUCUGAUUAAUGACACUUUUAGCACGUGUCCAUUUCAGUUUCUGAAAGAAGUCUACAAAUGCGUGCAGUAACAAAAACGGCGAAAAUUCGUCAAAAUCGCUCUGACGAAUUUGACGACAAUUCGUCAAAAUCGCCAAAUCCAUGAACAACCACUCGGUUUCACAAAGUUUCGUCAAAUCUGCCAUUUCGGUCACCGCGUGCAUUUCUGCACUUAAGUAGAGAUAUGUUGAGGGAGUUUCCUCUCUCCGUUUCCCAUAUCAGCUUCCUGAGUGGUCGAGAAAAGAUGGCAGGUGAAAACAAACCAUUGGCUAGAUGACAGCUGUAACUUUGCCAAGAAUUAAAAUUGUAGCUCUUACCAUAGAGAGAAACUGUGAAAUCUGUAGCAAUGACUGACCGGAAGUCACCAUACUUUCAUUAUUUCAACUUACGACAUAAUGCGAUUUUCAUCUGAUCGAAAACAGUGAGAAUACAAACGCUAACAAUGGAUAAUCUCAAGGAAUUACUUAAACCAAAAACGUUUAACACAGUUAGCCACGCUGCAGUUGUUAUUUGGAUCCUGAUCGGUGUAAUCUUCCUUGGCAUUUUUGCAUACUCAGAAAACAGCGAAUCCAGGUAUGAUUUCCGCUGUGCCGGGGCGAAGAGUGAAAACAUCGACCUUGUUCGUGGAAGAUGUUUUGAGUUAUACGAGAAGCGGUAUAACAAACACGAUGUUCCUAUCUAUGCCUUCAGUCAGCCAAGGAAUUCUACUGGCGUCUGGCACGAUUGUCAUAAUCAACGAGCAACUAGGAAAAACUCCUGGAUGCGCGCUGUUCUUGUCGUGAACGGAAUUUUUCUCUUUGGCAUUCUGUUAGAAACCGUCUAUAUUUUGCUACGAGCCUGGAAAGAGGAUAGUUUCAUGAAAAAUUCCAAGUUUCUAAAGGCUCACCUGAAUCCCUUCCAUGCCGACUCGCAAAAUGCUACCACAUCGACUCGGUUGAGACCCGAACCUCCGCAGCAAGAAGAAAGAACAGAGCAAGAAACGAACGUCCCACAAGAACUGCACCAGGAAGAGGAAAGUAAAGAACAUGAAACGAACAUCCCACAUCUGCCAAGCAAGCCUCAACAACUUCAGAAACCACCGCUUCAGAAAUUCAUCGAGGAUACAAAAGAAAUUAUUAAAGAGGAGACCAAUCAAACUCCCCAACUCCGGUCGCCUUUUUCAAGUACUCCAGGCGAAGGACACCGAGUUAAACAUUUGACUCUGGAUCAGAUUUACACAAAACUUGUCGUUGUUCCAGACAUGGCUAAUUAUGACUUUACUGGAGACAGACUGGAGAAACUAAAAGUCUACACCAGAUCGGGUGGGGAAAACACAACACCAAGAGGGCCGGAGGACAUUCUUGACCACGAAAACAAAAACGUUUUGAUUGUUGGUCGUCCCGGAAUCGGAAAGACACUAUGCUGUACCAAACUCCUCAGAGACUGGGCAUUUAACAAAGUAUUCCAUGAAUCACCUGAUUCCAAAAUCCAUUUUGAUGCUACUUUCUUCAUCAAAUUCAAAGCAUUCAACGCGGCAAACGACCUUAGCCUCCGGGAACUGCUCUCAUCAUCAGAACAUUCCCCCUCACAUCCCAUGGAUGAUGAAGUCUGGAAAUACGUCCUCGAUAACCCCCAAAGAGUUCUCAUUAUUUUCGAUGGAAUCGAUGAAUUUAAACAUAAUUCAAAAAUCGGCGAGGAAAAUUUCGAGCCUAAAUUCAGAAACCGCGCAGACGAGAAGAUGCCCCUGUACGCCUUGUACGAGAAGCUUGCGACUGGGAAACUUCUCAACGGGGCUGCCGUUUUAACAACCACAAGACCCACGGCUUUGUCAUGCAUCGAAUGUGUUUCUUUCGAUAAAAUCUUCGAGGUCCUCGGCUUCUCGUCCGAACAAGUCAAAGAAUACGUAACCAAAUUUAGUGCUGAAGAGGACAAGGAUGCGGGAGAAACACUAUGGCGACACAUCGGCGGCAACAGGAACAUUCUCUCUCUAUGCUACAUUCCUGCGAGUUGCUUCAUCAUUUGCACAACUCUGUUACAAAUGGUGAAGUUCUAUGGUUCCAAGAGUCUUAGCCUACCAACGAAUCUAACGGUUAUUUACAAGAAAGCAGUGAAA